GGUCUGCGAUACAAGAGGAGGAAACGACAAUGACCGAGAAGAAGCAGGAGGGCCCUCUUGUAAAGGCAGGCGCUGGUGUAUUUGCUUUAAUUGCACUAUUAUAGUCUGGCCUUGAGCGAAAGUGCCUCCAAUAGAUGGAUGCCCACCUAAUGCUUGAAAGCCUCCAGCGGGAUCUUCGGAAGAGAUGCGGUGAUGGUGGGGGAAACAUCACCUGGUGAACAGCUACACAGUGGGCAACAGUUAAAGGCACAGGGACGCCACUAGCAAAAAUGGUCAUUCUGCGGUCAGAAAGGGAGCGAAAUAGAAAACAUUAAAGAAGAGAUUGGUACACUGACCACCAAUCAGCCAAAACUAAGGCUCCAAAAUAGUUACUAUGACAGAGAUGGAUCUGCAUAUUUUUUAAAUGAAAUCUUCAUAGGCUAGCCCAAAGAAAUCUUAAAAGAUCAUAGUAUGCAUUAUCAGAAUUCACAAUAAGCCUUGUUCCUCCUCCUAAGCCAAAUGGGACCAUGUGUCACUAGUUCUGAAAGCACUCCCAGUGAGAUAUUGGGUCUACUUCAAAGUGUUAGUACUAGCAUAUAAAGCCCUAAAUGGCUUGGGACCCAAGUACCUAAAAGAGUGCCUUCGCCAGUAUCAACCAUCUCAGAUCCUACAAUUGGCAGAGCUCCCAAAGUUGUAGCUUACCAAGAGAGGCUGUAUCAGGUUCUGUGAUGGUGAAUUCUUGCCCAGAAGGAAUGCACAGUGAUCCAUGGAGAUGGGAUGAGCAGGAGCAAGAAGAAUGGGAAAACUUAAACAAGUUAUUAAGGCAACAUGGCUUAAGACCUGUGUUCCUUGAUCAACCUGGAGCGAGCAGAAACGCAUCAGAUAGGAUUGUUAUGGACAGACAGUCUUCCCAAGCAAUACGGUAUGCAUUGCAAUCAUUAGUGGAAGAGACGGAGCGUCAGCGCAAAAUAGUGCGUGGCUUGAUAGAAGACAAUCGUCAGCUUAGAGAUGAACUACGUUUAGAGCGAAGUCGGGCUUCUCGACAGGAACAACGAGCUAAUGAUCUGGAUAUCAUUGUGGAAAAUGUCAAACACAAAAUACGUCAGCUGGAAGAUGAGUCUAUAGCUCAUGCUUGUGAGCAACAGAACCAAGUCAAAGAGCUUCAGAAAGAGCAGCAUGCGUCACAGGCGCAGUAUGAUCAACAGAUCGGCAAGUUACAAGAACAAGAAGAAACGAUUGCUCAUUUGCAAAAAGAACUCAGUAAAAUGGACAUGGAGGAGGAGGAGCGUAUUACUGUGCAGAAAAAAAUGUUCCGGCAGUUUUGCAAACAAGCUCCAAGAACUCAUUUGGAUCAGCAAAUUUGUUGUUUAAUUGACUAUUACGAGUCUCAGAUCAACCACAUGAGAAAAGAACUCAGGAAAUAUAAGAGAGAGGCUGAACAUAUACAAGGAGAAGGAAAAGAUGAGGAAGAAUACUUGAAGAACUUAGAUGCCACUACUAAUUACAGAGCACUUCUCAUGUCUUUCCAGACUCAGAUAAUUGAAACAAAAGCCAGAAAUGAACAGCUGUUACGUGAAAAUACAAAUCUUAAGAAAGAGUUGGAAAUCAGACCAACUGUGCAAGAGUUAAAAUUUUACAAACACCACAUGAAGAAACUGGAGAGAACACUGAAGAGCAUGAAGUCAUAUGAGACAAAUGAAGAAGAAAACAUGAAAGAAAACAGAGAAUGUAAAAGAUGUACAGGAGGAAAGCACCUGCAGGAAAUGUGCAGAAAAUAUCUGCAGGUGUUGUCCAGCAUUGACGCUAUUAUAAGAAGCCCAAGAAGAGCUCCCCUGGUAAUGCAUAUGCAGGGGAAAGGUCUGCCACAAAGCUACGCUAAAGGGAAUGAGCAGGAAUGUGGAUUUGAGCACCUUCCUCUUACAGUUGAAAUGUGGGCUGACCAGCUAAUGGCCCUAAAGAACUUGCGUAGGUCCCUGAGAAAACUGUUUCUGCAAUUAGUGCCUUGGCAUACGGUAACUGUGCAGGAGAACAAUGAAUGUAUUAAAGUUGAAGACCUUCAGCUCAUAGUAGAUGAAAUCUCUGAACAAGAAGAAAAUAAAGAAAAGAAAGCUAGUGUGCCUUCACAACAAACAUUGUAUGCAAUUGUAUCUCACUUUCAAAAGCUCUUUGAUGUGAAUUCUCUGAAUGGAAUUUAUCCUCGCAUGAAUGAAGUUUAUACAAAACUUGGUGAAAUGACCAAUGCUAUGAGAAACCUCCGUGUUGUCUUAGAACUAGAUACCUCAGCCCCACCCAGUGUCCUGGUCAACACUGUUGGAAAGCUAUGCAGUCUGCUUAGUGAGAAUGUGACCUGGAAGGUAGAGCAACUGCUGGGGACACAUGACAUCCAAAGCAUUAUCUACAAGUUAGAAGAACAUGAUAACUUUUUCCCAGCAUUUCAAGUUCUUAUUGAAGACUUGCUUCACAUUCUAGAGGUCAGAAAUCUGACAGAUAUAGUACCUGCUGUGCAGAAGCUAAAGUGGAGAUCCGGUUGAUUGUGCAAGCCAUGUAUACAACUUAAUAUUUACCUACCUCUUAUGUAUAUACAUAGUUGUUUAAUAAAAAGUGUCUUAACUCACUCUUGAAGUUUUGGUAUUUACAUAGAAUGGUUUGGGGAUUUAUUUUUUUUAAAUCAGAGUGUCACACAGCCACAAUUUUUACAUUUGUUUAUUCAUUAAAAUCAGUAUCAUAACUAUACUUUAAAAUAAAGCUUCAGAAAACAUAUGUGCCUUUGGCAUAAUAAAUUAGCAUAAGAUGUGGGGUUCGGAGUGCACUUUGGCUGUGAACCAGAUGUCUGCAGAUGCAGAGUUUUCCAGUCAUCCCUGCACUGGCUAAAAACAAUGCUGCUGAAGUGACAAUGCCAACUUCACCCACAUGGGUUCUUUGCUCAGAUCUCAGGAAGAGGGUGUUGGGUCCCAGGCAAGUAGUGGUGUAAUCUUACCAAACAGUAUAUACAUCUUUUUGGUAUGAUAAUAUUUUGUAUAGCCACUCAGCUAUUACAGAAAGUUCUUGAGGUCUCUGUGUCACAACCAAUAUAUCUAAGACAUAAUGGUCUUGGAGUAGCACCUGCUUUUAAUUU